AUUUCCAGGAAGGCUAUCACGAGCCGGGCAUUGAACAUCGGUUGUACAGCCAUUGCGGUCGACACAAUGGGUUCCAGCGAGUCGAAACCAAUCUCCUCACAUGUGUGGAAGGCCUCAGCGCCUAACGGACUGUCACAAGAUCUCGUUGAUUCACUACAAUCCAGCAAUGAGACCGAUGCCUCUCGUUCCAAGAUAGUCGAGCUCCAGAUCCAGGCCCGCGUGGCCGAGGAGCUCAAGAAGCUACAGCAGAAAGAAGCCGAAGCUCUCAAAAUAGCACACGAGAAACUCGCCAGCGCCGAUUUCAAAGAUGACAACAGCACGAGCCAGUACACCGUCAGCAAGGAGAUUGAAGCCAUGCGUGAGAAGCUCGAGUCACGCAAGCAAGUGCGUCCUCUGCCCGAGAGCGUUGAGGGAGCACGCAAUGAAGUCAUUCGAUGUCUGCGGGAGCACGACCGACGGCCGCUCGACUGCUGGCAGGAGGUGGAGAACUUCAAGGCCGAAGUUAAGAAACUUGAGAAGAGCUGGGUCGAGAAGGUCGUCUCGUAGAGAGAGAAGGAAAACUGAUAAUGGGAAUGGGGACUGAUUCUAUAGAGAUAUAGAGGUGAUGGGCUCUGGUAUGCCCAGACAGGUACGCACGUGUACAUUACGGCAUUGGUAGCGGGAAAAACUAGGUUGAGGAAUCAAAGUGUACAACUUAUAUCUCAAAGAGUAGUCCUGCGUCUUCCUCCUUUCCUGAUUUGGUGCGGUCUGAUUCUGGUUCUGUCUCUUGCUUGGCUUUCAG